CCGGCGGAGAGCUGCGGAGCUGAAAUGAAGCGCACACACGGAGCAGCUCACACCGCGCAGCGCCGUGCGGCUCAGGAAGAGGCUCCGCGCCGCUAAAGCUGAAGGCUGCUCCGGCUGAAUGAAGGGCUCCGUCCAUGCGGAGGCUAGCGCUCAUUCUGCUGCCCUGUGCUGUCGCCGUCCUGGUGCACUUGUGGUUGGCACAACGACCCUCCUCCACGCCGCUGGACAACGACACACACUCGGAUGAAUCGUUACCUUUCUAUGAAGUUUUGGUGGGAGUGUUGUCAGCGAGACACCAUUAUGAACUGCGACAAGCGAUAAGGGAAACCUGGCUGGGCUACCUCCGAGAUCACCCUCUCUUCCAGCACAGAGUGGGGGUGAAGUUCAUCGUGGGUGAACAUGGGUGUCCCAUUCCAGAGGAGGACAGAGAGGAUCCCUUCUCCUGCUCCCUCCUGAACUUCACGGAGCCAGUGGCAGGCCAGGAUGCGGAGAUAGAGAUCGUGAGGGUGCCUGACCCCUCGGUGUUCGCCCACUCCGACGUGUCGGCCAUUGCCCUGGAUUUCAAAGUUCUCCACCCAGUGGUGAUCACCAGGCUGGGGGUGUUUCCCAGCGGGACGCCGCCAGAGCUUCAGAGCAAUGUGACGGUGAAGCUUCUCCAGCUGGACCAGGAGGAGGCCGUGGUCACUGCUCGCUUUAGUGCCAUCAGCACAGGGACCAUGGUGAGCGGGCUGUGGUACAAACCAGUGGAACAGUUCAUCCUGCCUAAGGGUUUUGAGGGGACUCUGGUUUGGGAGAAUAUGGCUUCUGCUGGAUUGACAACAGUCAACUCCUCUGUGCAGCUCAAUGAUGGAGGAGGUGUCCUCAAGAUCUCAUCUAUUGCAGAGGGCAUAUUGCCUCAUAGAAGUGCGCUUGGAUUUCCUGGUUUGGCUGGAGGGUUCACGUUUACUAUCUAUGAUGAAGAAGGCCUGUCGGGGCUCCUGCAGGGCCGCCCGGCCAGGAUGGAGCAUCAUGCCUCCAGUCUGAGGCAGGAGGAUGCCGCCUUGCAGCAGGAGAGCCUCAGGCACGGCGACAUGGUGUUCGUAGACGUGGUCGACACCUACAGGAACGUGCCUUCCAAACUGCUUCAGUUCUAUAAAUGGUCUGUGGGAAACGCUGACUUUAAUCUGCUGCUGAAGACUGAUGAUGAUUGUUACAUCGACGUGGACUCAGUAUUAAUGAAGAUUGACCAUAAGGGUCUUAAGCGCAGCAAUUUCUGGUGGGGGAAUUUCAGGCAGAGCUGGGCAGUGGACCGCAUUGGGAAGUGGCAGGAGCUGGAGUACGCUAGUCCAGCAUACCCAGCAUUUGCCUGCGGCUCGGGCUACGUGGUCUCGCGUGACCUGGUCCAGUGGCUCGCCAGUAAUGCAGAUAAACUGAAGGCCUACCAGGGAGAAGAUGUGAGCAUGGGGAUAUGGAUGGCAGCUGUUGGACCACAGAAAUAUCAGGACCCCGGCUGGCUGUGUGAGAAAGAGUGCUACCUGGACAUGCUGUCGUCACCCCAACACACCGCCGAGGAGCUGCACAUCCUCUGGGACAGGAAGAGGGCUUGCCAAGACCCCUGUGGUUGUCCCUGGGGCCACUAAAUCAGAAUCACAUUCACGCUCACCAUGCAGCGCUGUGGAUAAAAUGCACUCAGAACAGGUUGUCAGUUCAGUUUCUGUGGUUUCCUUAUAACCCCAAACUGAGUAGUUUCAGAAUUUUAUCAGUUACAAUUUUAUGAUAAAACACUUCUUGGGAUAAUCUAUAAAAACUUUGAUAGUUCAUUGCAGGUUCUUAAUAUUCACAAAAUAGUAUAAAAUACCAACAUCAUAAAACAUUUGCAGUUUUAGAAUACUUUAAAAACUCACAUGUAGCUGAAGCAUUGUGUUAGCAUUUGUAACAUAAAAUCAGGUCUUAUAUUAGAGAUUGAAAAUGCCUUCAGUGGAACAGACAAAAUGUGGACAAAGAAUUCAAGAUGUUUUAGUUAUGUUAUCAGAAGCAUGUGCAAUAGCAACAUGUGAUGGUCAUCAUGUAAAGAAUCACUGCUGCAAGACUUGAAUACUCUGUAAGAUUAUAAUUAUUGGCACCCUGAUACUUGACAGACUUAAACCUUUUGGUUUAAAAGGGAUAUUUGAUGGAAUGACUGCUUUACAUUGCUAUGUUUUGUAAAUUAUUGUCUAAAGCUUUUCACCCUCGUCAACUUUUGUAGAUUUACGACAAGCUUUCUCACAAACACACACAGCUGUACUGUAACUGUCAUUGUGCAAAUAGUGACCUGGCCUUACUGUAUUUGUUAGGCGUCAUACUGUAUGUUUGUUAACACUUGUGAUAUCAACACAGAUUUGAAUAAGUGUGUUUGCCACAAAAUAUUUUGAAGCUUGAACAAGCAGUCAAAGUGACUGUGAAAUAGACUCACUUGUUUAACACUGGUUUUAUGAAACCCUCCUCACAGGUAAUAAAGAACACUUAA